UACUAAGCUUUUCUAACAAAUUUUCUUGUGCGUUUCUCCUCUCAUCUUUGUUUGAUCGAUAUUUCUACCAGUAAUAUAAUUUAAAAGGCUUAACGAAAUUUUGGUGAUCCAGUAAGGUUUGGAAGUGAGAAAUGGACGAAAGAACUGAACUUGUUAGUAAGAGAACUUUUAUGUUCACAUCUAGAACUGAAAUCAAUGCUUGGGAGAGACGAACCUUGUUGGAACGAAUACAGCUCAUCGCUUUAUUUGUGUUAGUAUUCAUACUAAUUAUUGUGAGCGUGACACUCACAUCACAGAAGCUAGCUGCUUAUGUUGAAGGCCACUCCGACUGUAAAACGUCCUUCUGCGUUAAAGCUGCUUCAAACAUUUUACACUCGAUCAACACCAGCGUUGAUCCCUGUGAAAAUUUCUAUCUAUUCGCUUGUGGAUCAUGGAUUAAAGAUAAUGUUCGGGUAACCGGAUCAAUCUCAAGCCUAUCAAAAAUGAACAACAAAUUAUUAUACAGAAUCUACGAGAUUCUCUCUCAACCGUCUGCUGCUAAUGACCCAGAACAUCUGAAAAAAGCAAAAGCUUUGUUUAACAGUUGCAGAAAUGAAACACACAGAGCAUCAGAGGGUGCCAGUGUACUGUUAAGGGAUCUUGAUUAUUUCGGUGGAUGGCCGGUUUUGAAAGGAGGUUCUUGGAAUGAAAGCAGUUUUGAUUGGAUCAAAGUUCUUCACAAGAUGUACAGACGCGGAUAUAACAAAGAUAUCCUGGUUUCCGUGAGGAUGAAUAUAGACGUAAAAGAUUCCAAAUCUUUAAUUCUCUUGAUCGACACAGCUGACUUGGGAGUUGACUCCAGAGAUGUUUUUAUUUCAGCUACUUCUGGUAACACCCGAUUUUCAGCAUAUCACACAUUUCUUCGUAAAACGACUUUGCUGUUAGGUGCUGAGUUAGAUACAAACAGCACUGAAGCGGAGUUGCAUGAAGCUUUGAAUGUCGAGAUUUUAUUGGCCAAUCUUUCCACCCCUAUUCAUAUAGAGGCUUUCCAAAACAUCAUGACGAUCGGAGAACUGAACCAACAACUACCAGAGGUUGACUGGCUUCGACUUGUGAACGGUUUUCUGCCCACAGCUGUUACCGAACAUGAAAAGGUAGUUGUACCAAAUAUGGCGUAUUUGAAGGCAUUCACUAAUUUUGUUACAACAUUGAAUGUAGGAGGAAAACGGGCUCUGGCCAAUUAUAUGAUGUAUCGAGCGGUUUUAUCAGCAGUUAUACAUUUAGACAAGCCUUUUCGGGAUUUAUACGAUGAGUUUCAGAGUGCUUUGCGUGGAUAUGAGUAUAACCCUGAUGUGUGGAUGACUUGCAGUGAUAUCACGUCGUAUUUUUUUGACCAUUCUUUGUCAUCCAUUUACGUUAAAUCUUACUUCCAAGAUGCUAGAAAACAUGCCGGUUUGGAUAUGACGGAGAAUAUACGACAUCAAUUGAAAGUUACUAUGGAAACUGCAACUUGGAUGGAUUUUACUACUAUGCAGAGAGCGUUGAGUAAGAUAGAUGCAAUGACAGUUACCGUCGGCUAUCCCGAAGAGAUUCUGGACGAUAAUGCUGUAAAUAAGCUUUAUGCAAAUGCUGAUGUCCAUGGAUAUCUAAAAUAUAAAGAUGAUUUAUCGCAGACUGAUGUCCAUGGAUAUCUAAAAUAUAAAGAUGAUUUAUCUCUAGAAUCACAGGGAAGAAAUUUACUCGUCGCUAAUGCUUAUUAUUCUGUCCAGGAAAACUCUAUUAGUAUCCCAGUAGGAAUUCUUCAAGCAGAUAUGUUUAAUGAAGAAGGAACAAGCUAUCUUAAUUAUGGAUCUUUGGGAACUGUGAUUGGCCACGAACUCAUUCACGGAUUUGACAAUUUUGGAUCUACCUUUGAUGAAGAAGGUAAUCUAAAUAACUGGUGGAAGAAGGAAACUUAUGAAAAGUUCAUGAAAAAGACGGAAUGUUUUGUGAAACAAUACAACAGUUAUGUUUUUGAGAAACUUAAUGUAUCGGUCAAUGGUACGAAGACUUUGGGAGAAAAUAUUGCAGAUAAUGGAGGGAUUCGCCAAGCGUAUAAAGCUUACCACCACUGGGUUUCACACAAUGGAUACGAACUGCCUUUGCCUGGAUUACCAUAUUCUGAGGAUCAACUUUUCUGGAUCAGCUUCGCGAUAAAAUGGUGUAGUGAAACAUCACCAUCACAACUGCUUGAGAACAUUUCACAUGAUGAACAUACACCAGCAAUGUAUAGAGUGAUCGGAAUAGUUUCAAAUAAUGAAGAUUUUGCAAGAGAUUUCAAAUGUUCUUCUUCAGCACCCAUGAAUCCCGAGAAUAAGUGUGUGGCGUGGCGUUGAAAUUAUUUGGAUACAAAACAAAGAGUGGCUAGAAAUGUAGCUGAGAGCAAUAAAAAUGUG